AUGGGUGUUAAAGGCAGUAAAUUAGGAGAUGAUGAAGAUGUUGAUUUAGAUGAAAUGUUUGAUAACAUUAAAAAGGCUAAGAAGGAAAAAGUUGCCAGAGAUGCAGCUCUCAAAGAAGCAAUGGAAAAAUCAAAGCAAAAACGUAGAUAUACAGAAGAUGGUCUCCCAAUUUUCACAGAAGCCGAACUUAAGAUGGAUAAUCCUAAGGCUGGAACAACACCUUUAUGCCCAUUUGAUUGUGAUUGCUGUUUCUAA